AUCAUCAUCAUUACUAGGAAAACUAAAUGGCUACUAUUUGGUUUCUAUCACUUCUCUUCGUCACUAGUCUUCUUCUCGCCGUCUACAAACGCAAGAAGCAGCAACGAAGACCACCUUCUCCUCCUGGUUUUCCGAUCAUCGGAAACUUACACCAGCUCGGAGAGUUACCGCAUCAAUCCCUAUGGCGACUCUCCAAAGAGUAUGGCCCUGUGAUGUUCUUGAAGCUUGGAAGAGUCCCAACGGUUGUAGUCUCUUCCUCUGAAACAGCUAAACAAGCUCUCAAAAUCCAUGACCUUCAUUGUUGUAGCCGUCCAAGCUUAGUAGGGCCAAGAGAGCUGUCUUACAAUUAUCUGGACAUUGCUUUUGCUCCCUAUGAUGAUUACUGGAAAGAAGUCAAGAAACUGUGUGUGCAAGAGCUCUUUAGUCCUAAACGAGUUCACACGAUGCAACCCAUCAGGGACGAGGAAGUCAAGAAGCUGAUAGACAUAGUCGCCAAAUCAGCUCAAGAGAAAACACCAGUUAACUUGAGCGAGAAGUUUCUCUCUUUAACUGUUAGCGUGAUAUGCAAGGUAGCAUUUGGUGUGAGUUUCCAUGGAACUGUCCUCAACAGCGAUAGAUUCGACAAGUUCAUCAACGAGGCGUUCUUGUUUCUUGGGAGCUUCUCUGCCUCUGAUUUUUUCCCAAACGGCGGCUGGAUCGUCGACCGGCUCACGGGGUUACAAGGGCGGAGAGAGAGGAGCGUGAGAGAUCUUGAUGCUUUCUAUGAGCAAAUGUUUGACCUACAUAGAGAGGAGAAAGAGAGAGGUAGUGAAGAUUUUGUGGAUCUGCUUUUGAGGUUUCAAAAAGAAGAAUCUGUUCUUGGAUAUGGCAAGCUCACAAGAAACCAUGUCAAAGGAAUCUUAAUGAAUGUUCUUAUUGGGGGCAUUGGCACUUCUGCAAUAACAAUGACAUGGGCAAUGACAGAACUUAUGAGACACCCUCGAGCGAUGAAGAAAGUACAAUCUGAAAUCAGAAAUCAAGUUGGGAAAAAGUCAAUGAUCACCUUGGAUGACAUAGAGCAACUCCAUUACCUAAAAAUGGUAGUGAAAGAAACAUGGAGGCUACACCCUCCAGCACCACUUAUAGUUCCAAGGGAAGUAAUGUCUGAAUUUGAGAUCAAUGGCUACAAGAUUCAACCCAAGACACGGCUUUAUGUGAAUGUUUGGGCUAUAGGACGUGACCCUGAUACCUGGAAAGAUCCAGAGAUGUUUCUCCCUGAAAGGUUUAUUGAUAAUAAUAUUGACCCAAAAGGACAAUGUUUUGAGUUGUUGCCAUUUGGUGCUGGCAGGAGACUAUGUCCUGCAAUUUACAUGGGGACAUCAAUGGUGGAGUUUGGUCUUGCUAAUAUGUUGUUUCAUUUUGACUGGAAAUUACCAGAAGGCAUGGAGGUUGAAGAUAUCGACAUGGAAGAGUCUCCUGGACUUAAUGUGAGCAAGAAAAAUGAACUUGUACUUGUUCCGGUCAAGUAUUUAAAUCACUGAUCACUUUAAACUUAAGUCUUAAUGAGAUUACAAUAAAAUGUUGCAUCGAUUGUACACAAAACAGCAUCUUGUGACCCCUUGUAUCUCGUCUUAAUAUUCCAACAAGGAAACUGAAAAACGAUGUAGAGACAAAAAAUGUUCUAUUACUUGUCAUCUUCAUGUCCAAACUUUUCCCUUACUAGUAAUUGUUU